CUGCUAUUAACACUCCUUAAAUUUAACUUAUUUUAUAUAUUUUUCAGAGCUUUAUGCUAUGGAAGCCAAAGCCACGCUGAGUCGAGGAUCAUACCUAUAUCACAUAGUCCUGGAAUUUAUUUUGAACCUAUUACGCAUAUUAACUUUUAUAACGAUUAUUGGAAGGUUAUAACACAUAUAGACCUUAUACCUUUAGCUCCUUAUCUCAAUAAAAUUGAAAAUUUAUUAUAUGAUACCUUAAACCUUUGUUCCAAAAUAAAUACUGAUGAAUUUUCCGAAUGUAAAGAUUUUUCAAAUCCUAUAGAGAUUUUAAUAAAAUAUAAUAACGUCAAAUUGCAAUCCCUAGCACAUAUAAUCGAUAAUAAUCAAUCGUCAAAUAGAGUUAAAAGAUCUCUAGAAUUUGGAGGCGAAAUUCUUAAAUUUUUCUUCGGUACUCUAGACGCAGAUGAUGCGCGAAAAUAUGAUGCCGCGAUAGAAUUAUGUCGGAAAAGUGAAACAGAACUAUUUAAUUUAUUCAGAGACAAUAUUCACAUAAUUAAAUCUACCAUAAAUAAUUUUAAUGCCACUAUUUAUAAAUUAAACCAAAAUGAAUUAAGAUUAAACUCACAAAUUAAUAAAAUGAAUGAAAUUCUUUCGCAAAUCACAAAAACCGAUAAUUUACUUAUUAACAUUUCUAGAAUAAAUAAUUUAUUGAACAUAAUUGAAAGCUCCUUACUUGCCAUUUCUAACUUGCUAGACACGACUAUAAAUGCUAUCCUAUUUUCCAAGGUAAAUGUUUUGCAUCCUAGCGUGAUUAGCCCUUUAAGUCUUUAUAAUGAAUUAACCAAGCAUAUCAAUCAAAUAAAUAAACGUUUAGAUUUUCCAGUGCAAUUGAACAUACAUAAUAUUCAUUCGUUAAUUGAUGUUUCGAAACUUAGUUCAUAUUAUUAUAACAAUAAGAUUGUUUUCAACUUGCAGAUUCCAUUAAUAACACCUGAUAAGUUCAUUGUUUAUAAAAAUAUCCCAUUACCGACUCCUCACGACGAGUCGCAUAAACAAACGUUUGCACUUAUUCAACCUUCUAAUUCUUAUAUUGCUUUAAGUGACGAUAGAAUACAUUAUACUAUGUUUAAUAACUUAGAUGAUUGUAAAUUUAUUAAUAAUAACUAUUCUAUUUGUGAACUAUUUACUAUAACGUCUAGCAUAAAUAAUCCUAAUUGUGAAUCGAAAUUAUUAACAGAAGUAACUCUUUCCUUACCUUCUGAAUGUAACUCCAAGUUAUUAUUUGGCCAAAUCAAUAUUUGGCAUAAAUUAAAAAAUAAUAAAUGGAUAUAUGUACAAUCCAAUGUAAAUAAAUUAACUAUCAAAUGUAACGACGAUAUUACUGAUCAUUCUAUUAUUGGCACAGGUAUUGUCAAAUUAACCGAAAAUUGUAUCGGUUAUUCCAAAACUAUUCAAUUAUUGCCAACAAGUACUUAUCAAUUUUCGAUUAAGUCAACUAUAGAUAUAAGCUUUGACAUAACAAGAGAUGAUUGUUGCAAAAAAGAUGUAUUUAAUAAAAGUUUACCAUAUUUAACGCCAAUCUCUCUAAGCAAAGUUAACUUGGAUUCCUUAAAAUAUGCAAAUCACCAGCUAGAUAGUUUAGAAUUUGAAUUAAAUAAUCUUCAAAAGGAAUCACAUUUUAUAAAAUACGGUUCAUACUAUUCCACAUUUACUUAUAUUUUAGUUGUAUUACUAUUUUUGUACUUAGCCUACAAAUUAUUUAAAUGUUCCAGAAAUCGACACAAUAAUAGUGGACAUUGUAUACAAAUAUUUAAUCAGUGUAAUAAUAAAAAGUCGUCGAAACAUAAUUCUAAAACUACAAAUUCAAUUGAGAUGAUUGAUAUGUCAACAUCUGAAGAAGAUAAUAACUCACCCAAAUCUUUACCAAAUUGUACUAAUUGUGAACCUUAUAGAACUGUACACAAAGUUCACUCUUCCUCCGGAAGAAAUCUUAAUUUCUAA